CUUCUGACGUCGAUUUACCGAAGCUAUUGGACAGUUCGGUUGUUGAAGUACUUUUGUUCAGGGUACCUAGAGUUCACGAGCGCACUACGCUUGCAUCUGUCACUAUCGAGAGUAAGGUGAUACGGCCUGCCUACCGCAUUUAUAUCUAGACGCCAUUAGUACAAAUCAUGGCGACCGUACCCACACCAUCUGCUGGCCCUAAAAAGCUGUCAUUUGCCAAGGUUGUAGCAUCUAAACCUAAAGAGAAUAUCCCUAUUGUUUCAACUACAAGAGUUGCUGUACCAGCCAUGGAGCAUCGCAUGCAACCACCCGCUAUCCCUGUGGCAUCUGCGACAAGCAAAGGGACAACGGCAACUACUACUUCUACUACUACCACUACCACUAAAACCCCAGUUUUCUUGGAAAACGGCUCAGUGACGAAUACGCUCAGGAGCGAGGCAGCGAACGGCGCCAAGGCUGUGCAGGGCGGGAAAGACUUGCAACCCUCCCCUUCUGCUGCCAGCGUUUCAUCGACACCUAGUUUGGUCGUAAACGGCUCUUCCUCUUCUGUUGGCGGUUCGCAUGGUAAAAACGACAAUGGAACUUCAGUAUCUGAUGACGCUUCACAAAGGGCUGAUUCUAACUCUGAGAUGGGCACUAAGGCCCCUAGUCUUGAUGGAAAAAGCAUCACUUCAGGAACUACAUUCGCUUUAGACGAGAAGGAAUCCCUACGUCCAGAUGACAGCGCCAGCGUGAAGGCCUCUGCAGAGGACGACGAACCCUUUUCGGUUAGGGGUUCCCUAAUUGCCAACACUCGCAUAGGCUCCGAGGUAGCCCGGAUCCAUCGCCUUCGAAUCGGCGACAUGCCCGAAAGGCGAAUCGUACAGAUACUACCUGAGUCGCAAGAACAGAACGUGUCUACUCCUCAAAGUGGUGUCUCCAGCCAGCAGCCUCCUGUUGAACAGCCUCAGACUCUAGGUAUAGUUAAUGGGUCUUCUGAUGCAUUCACCUCACUCUACGGUCAGAACCCAGAUGAAAAGCUUCUUGAGGCCAUGCAGUCUCCUAAAGACCGUAUCUUCUUGCUUCGGUUAGAACAAGAAGUAAUAAAUUUCGUCCAAUCCUCGAAGGAGCCCUACAUGGACCUUCCACCAAACAACUCGUUCUGCAGAAUGUUGACUCAUAAGCUUGCUGAUUAUUAUCACAUGACACAUUCCUUCGAAGCAGUCCAAGGCUCCGUCCGUAUCUUCCGGACUCCUUUCUGCCGAGUUCCCCCAUCCUUAGCUAGCAUUGCGGGAACCAAUGUCAAACCCCCUGCCACUACGACACCCCCCCAAGUUCUGCCGAAGAAGAUUAUGCGGCGUGGUGAAGAAGGAUCCGGCCAUGGUAGUAACAGCCCAUCCAAAGCAACAUCCGAAGUUGGGAGUGACGGCAAGGACAAGUCGGCUCCGAAUCAAAAGCUCACUAGAGAAGAACGCGAAGAAGCGUAUCUAAAAGCUCGGGAAAGAAUUUUUGGCAGUUCAGACAAGCCGGGAGAGUCGACACCAGAUAAUGAAGACGCAAAUGGUGUUUCCCGGGCAAGCUCCGUGUCGGCAAAGGAUAAAUCUACACUGGGCAAGCGAGGAAAGACUGGCAAGCAACGCAGAGACGACUCUGAGAGCUUCGACUCCCGUUCGCAGUACCAGCCAUACUACCACCCACACCAACCUAAUUGGACGACGCCUCAGUAUAUCCCCAUCAACCACCCACAAUAUGGCAGUCCAGUUCAACAGCCUUAUCAGGGCCCAAUGCCUCCCCAAGCAUAUGCGCCUCCUGCACAAGCAUACCCUGCUAUGAACCCUACUAUGAUGCCGAAUAAUGCAUUCCCUCAAUAUAGCAAUAUGCCAGUAUAUCCACCCCAAGCACAACCCACGCCUCCGAGAUACACCCCGUCCAACAGUUCGAUGGGAACGUAUGGUGGGCCGGUUCCAAGCCCUCCGCACCAGCCCUGGCAACCGACUUUCGCCCCAGUACCACCGUCUUCUAGCCCGUAUCAAAGUCGUGCACCUCCUCCUCCACCUCCAUCUCAGCCACAGCCGCAACCCCAACCCCAGCCUCAGGUUCAGGGUAGCCCGGGAUCCAUUGGUAUCCCUUACGCCUUCGGACAACUUCCUGCUAAUGCCAACCCCCAUGAUCCGAAGAGCCAGCACCCUAUCCCUGGAAGUUAUAAUCGGCACGCGUUCAAUCCUAAGACGCAAUCAUUCGUGCCUAGCAAUGGUAUGAUGCAGGUCCAGCCCCCCAUGCCCCCGUAUAACAUGGGCGGCCACGGUAGUCCCCAAGUCGGUUCACCUCAUCUAGCCUAUAGUGGCUAUAGCUCGCCCGCUCCGCCUCAGCCGUAUGUAGGCGGACCGGGAUACGGAAUGAGUCGGCAAGGGUCCAACAGCUCCCUACCGGCUUAUCACCCAACACAGCACAUUCCCCAACACCCGUCGGCACAUUUGCCGCAGGUUCCGCCUCAGAUGCCGAAUAAGCCAAGCAUUCCUCCUCCACCAACCGGGCCGGGUCAGAAUUAUAGCCACCUCCCCGCGUUUGGAAAUCCGGCCACUCUACCACAGAAGCCCCCUUCGGGAAUUUAGAUGGAGGAGUCGCACAACGUAAGCACAUGCAUGAAAAGUUAGCAAGCAUUGAUGGUGUUUAUUCUUUUCGGUGAGGACUUGACAAAUCAAGGCGGAUGGAUACAGGAAACCCGCGAAGACAACGACACCGGCGUAAAACUUUGGCGGGUGGUUUGUAACGGUAUCAUUGGUAGGCGUUCAAGGCGAUGGGGAGUAAAUAUAUUCAUACACGACUCGCAAAGAGCCAAUACGAAAUGAUGGGAUGAUCUAUCUUUCCUCUAUCACACCAUACACCAUACAUUAAGGUUAAACAGAGUCCCCUUUCUCCAUUUGCGAGGAA